UACCAACAUGUUUCUCGUUUGUUUUAAUGACAAUUACCAUACCCUGUGAGUUCAGAGUUUGUUGGACAUUAGUUUUAUGUGUGAACAUUCACCUGAAGAAAUCGUUCCUUGUGUUUUCACUAAGCUUUUCUCACAGAUGGACCAGAAAAUUAAUGAACUUGUGGCUGAACAGCAGAAGAAUGAUGCUAAGCUGGCUCAUGACAAAUCUGAGCUAGAACAGUUUAGGCAGGACAUUGCAAAUGCUGAAAGGCAGAAACAAUCCAUAGAUAAAGCUCUUGAGAAAAAGGAGAAACUACUGGCCAAUGUUUUGACCCAAAUAGAUCAGCUUAGAUCUAGUAUAGCCAUGAAACAUGAAGAGAUGGGAACAGAACUUGUCGAUCACCUGACACCAGAAGAGAGAGAAUCUUUGUCACGCCUGAAUCCUGAAAUAACAAAUCUGAAAGAGAAGCUUAUAGCAUCCAAGGCUAACCGCAUGGAGACUGAAACAAACAAAUCAGAGCUAGAGAUGAAGUUAUCAACAAAUCUUGUAAGACGAAAGCAAGAGUUGGAGGCAGUCAAAGUGUCUGUAGACACUGAUGCGCUCAGUACUGAAGCUGAUUUAAAGGCACAGGAAGUAAUGGAGGCUCAUAAAUUGAUAGAGAGCUUGAACCAGCAGCUUAAAAGGGUUUCUGCAAACAUAAAUGAAAGAAAUAUGAAGCUCAAGGAGAUCAAGGGUGAAAUAGACAAAUUGAAGGCUCAGGAAGAUAAGUAUCAGGGCACCCUUCAGGAUGAGAAGAGAGAACUGGAGCAACUCUUAAAUAAAAGGAACACCUAUGUUGCAAAACAAGACGAGUACUCAAAGAAGAUUCGAGAAUUGGGCCCAUUAUCUUCUGAUGCAUUUGAAACGUAUAAAAGAAAGAACAUAAAAGAGUUGUACAAAUUGCUGCACAAGUGCAAUGAGCAGCUACAACAGUUUAGCCAUGUGAACAAGAAAGCACUUGAUCAGUAUGUAAAUUUCACUGAGCAGAGGGAAGAACUUCAGAGAAGACAAGCUGAACUAGAUGCUGGUGAUGAGAAAAUUAAAGAACUUAUAUCAGUACUGGAUAUGAGAAAGGAUGAAUCAAUUGAGCGUACAUUCAAGGGUGUGUCAAAGCAUUUUCGCGAAGUCUUUUCCGAACUUGUGCAAGGCGGCCAUGGGGUUUUAGUUAUGAUGAAGAAAAAGGAUGGUGAGGAAGACGAUAAUGAUGACGAUGAUAGGCCUCGCGCAGCUGAAGUGGAGGGAAGGAUUGAAAAAUAUAUUGGUGUUAAAGUGAAGGUUUCUUUUACAGGACAAGGAGAAACACAGUCAAUGAAACAGUUAUCUGGAGGUCAGAAAACAGUAGUGGCACUAGCUCUGAUCUUUGCCAUACAGCGAUGUGAUCCUGCCCCAUUCUAUCUUUUCGAUGAAAUUGAUGCUGCACUGGAUCCUCAGUACAGAACUGCUGUUGGAAAUAUGGUUCGUCGGCUAGCGGAUAUGGCAAGCACCCAAUUUAUAACGACAACGUUUAGGCCGGAGCUUGUGAAAGUUGCUGACAAGAUAUAUGGUGUAACACACAAAAACAGAGUCAGCCGAGUUAAUGUAGUCUCAAGAGAAGAAGCUUUGGAUUUUAUCGAUCAGGAUCAGUCCCACAAUGCUGAGUGAGGAAGCUGACUAGCUUUUGGUUGGUACAUAUAAAAGCAAGGCAAGGGCUUGUGCACCAAUCACUGGGAUACUUACUACCCUUAUCUAACAUGCAGCCUAAGUUUAUUCUCUUUGCUUCUUGUUGAAAUGUCCAUUGAGUCUUAUCUAAUCCUCUCAACAUAUGUUCAAAAUGACAUAAUGUAGAUGUCCAAAGUUUCUCUUGUUGACUAAAAAGUUAAAAACCAUUCAAUGGUAGUGAGAUCUGCAUCUUUGGUAAUGCAUUGUAGCAGAGUUCACAUUGUGUUCCU